AUGGAUAAAACAUCACCAAAGAAGUUCUUUGGAUCAAGAAACUCAGAGAUCGAAUCACCGACCAGAUCAAGAGGAUUAUCACCCAACAGAUCAAUUUUAUCUUCAACAUCACCAAGUAGAUCAACCAAAUCUCCAACGAGGUCAUUGGUUCAAGUAUUAUUACCUAAAUUUGCAAGAUCCCACAAUUCGAUAACAACCGAACAAUUUCAACAACAAUUAGAAUAUCAUGGAAGAGACUUAAGAGCAAGAGAUAUAUCUAAUGUAUCCCUGAAUGAUUUUGCGGAUACUUCAAGUGAAGGAAGUAAAUCACAAGCUGAGCUUGAUGCUGAAUCUCUUGAAGAUAUUUUCAAAGAAUACCACGAUGAUCAUAAGAGUUUCGUUUUCAAAGAAGAUUUUGAUGAAGGUGAUAAAACUAAAUCAACUAUUGAUAGACCUGAUAGAUUCAGUAGAUCAUUUGAAAAAUCUUUGGAUAAGUUAGCCAAAGAUAUUCUAGAUGAUGAUUAUACUGAUUCAUCAACAUCCAGAAGAUAUUUUGAUGCUUCAAAUGUAUCGGGCUCAUCAAAAAAUGCAUCUUCUGAUAAAAAUACCAGUUCAAGCUCAGAAAGAAAGAAGUUUUUUGAUACUUCUGAACAUACAGACACAAAUAAUACCCUGGAAAGGAUACUUAAUUCUUUCAAAUACCAUAAUUCUUUGAUAUCUUUGAAUUCCGAAGAAUUAUUAAAUAAAUUAGAACAUAAAUCAUUGAAUGAAUUACUGGAGAAGUCAUUUGAUGACCACAAAGUUGCUAAUACCAUCGAACCAAUAGUUUUAUAUAGAGUGAGAGAUAAUCAAUCUCCCAAAUUAAUUGAAAUAAGUUCACCACAGCAAGUUCAUUUCCAUGAUUCAGACAUAAGUACGGAUAAUUCAUUACAUUCAAUUGAAGUGCCGACUAAAGAAUAUAGCGAUGACUUUUUACCAACUUUUGGACCUCAAGUAAGGAGACCACCUCCAAAUAUACCCAUUGAUAGUCUCGACAAAUUCAACCAACAUGAAAAAAUGUAUGAUACAUCGCCUAAAGCAAACUAUAAUCCCACAUUCCCACAUUUUAAUACCACCCGACCUGAAGAGCAUCAUCAUAAUUAUACCAGUUCAGAAACUACAAAGAUAAAUGACUCCCCAACUUUGUUAGCAGGAUAUCCUAUUGUAAAAUCAGGAAGUGCUAUCUCAUCACCUAAUAUCACUAAUGAUUAUUAUUCAGAUGAAGAACUUUUUCUUAAUGAGAAAUUCAAAAGUCCCAAAUUCUUCACCUGGAAAUAUUUUACUGUCAUGAUGAUUCUCGGAUUGAUUAUCCCACCAGUUUAUUUCCUUUUAAGUCUUGGAAUUUUUGAUAAAUUGUCCAAUGAGAAGAACUAUUACACUGGAAUUUACUAUAAACAACAAUAUCUGAUAAAUCAUAGUAGAGUAGUGAAAUUUUCACCAUUUCAAAAAACUAUCAGUUUUCUCAUAGGUUUAUUCUGGUUUGCUAUAAUAUUAGCUAUGAUAGGUGUAGGAUUCGGGUUAACUCAAUAA